CAUGUAGAGCCUCCCCAGAUAAUAAUCCUCUUCGCCGGCUGGCUCCCAUCUCUCGCUUCCUUCUUCGUCAACCCCUCGCCGCCGUCCGACCUCGACGACGACCAACCGGCGACGAGGUGCGGUGAAUUGCGGGAGGAUUGGCCAUGUCGACAGCGGUGAAGGCGUUCUUGAACAGCCCCGUCGGCCCCAAGACCACCCAUUUCUGGGGACCCGUUGCUAACUGGGGCUUCGUCCUCGCGGGUUUGGUUGACAUGAACAAACCUCCUGAAAUGAUAUCCGGCAACAUGACAGCAGCCAUGUGCGUGUAUUCAGGACUCUUUAUGAGAUUUGCCUGGAUGGUACAACCACGGAACUACUUGCUUUUGGCAUGCCAUGCUUCCAAUGAAUCAGUCCAGCUCUAUCAGUUUUCUCGGUGGGCUAGGGCCCAGGGGUAUUUGGAGAAAAAGGAGCCAGAGGCUCAGCAGUAAAAAGGUGCAAAACCCAGUGUUUAGCUUCUCAAUAAGAAAGCUUGUCUAUGUCCAGCAAUGCUGAGUCUGCAACAAUCUCUUCCUUGUGUCAUAGCGCCAUAAGUGUUUUGUCCUGAUGCUAUUUGAUGCCAAACCUAUUUCUCAGAAAAAUCAAAAUCGCACAUAAUUCUAGUUGUUUUCCAAAAUUUUAUAUGAGCUCCUGGUUGUAAACUCAUUACAUUGUGUUGAACAUGAUUGGUUCCAAAUUUAGUGUCUGCUGUUUGACAA